UGACGGGCUAAGCUAGCUAGCGUUAGCUUCCUCCUGCCAAACCUUACCGGUACGUGUAGCUGGCAGUCCCACAUCAUGUUCAGAGCCGCCGUCCGACUGUCUGUCUCCGGUGUCCGGAGUGUAACCCGUACGCAGCCAGGGUGCCAAGCUCUUCUGGCCUCAAGGUGUUACUCACAUGGGAAGCAAGAGACAGAUGAGGAGUUUGAUGCCCGCUGGGUCACCUACUUCAACAAGCAAGACAUUGACGCAUGGGAGCUGAGGAAAGGGAUGAACACAUUGGUUGGUUAUGAUCUGGUACCUGAGCCAAAGAUUCUUGAGGCAGCACUGAGAGCCUGUCGGCGGUUGGACGACUUAGCCAGCGCUAUCCGAAUUUUGGAAGCUGUGAAGCACAAAGCCGGACCUAAUAAAGAGAUCUACCCGUACCUGAUCCAGGAGCUGCAGCCAAUAUUGGAUGAGCUUGGUAUCUCCACACCUGAAGAGCUCGGCAUUGACAAAUUGUGAAUGAGUAGAUGUCUGACAGUGGAUAUCCCCAGGACACAAAACCCUUGUACUUAAAUGUUUGCCUAAUAUAAUACAUGUGAUAUUUAAUUUGGCCUUUAUUAGGUUCUUUUGCUUGUAAAAUAUUUAUGAACUUAAUAAAGGAAACUGUAUCUUUAUUGAGUGUCACAAGUAUUUUUGGAUAUUUGAAGUAGUUGAGUACAUAUUGAAGCAAUACUUCUUUUCAAGUUGCUUUAAUGGAGAACAGAGCGUCACUUUUCAGUGCAUGUUGUCUCAGUGUCGAGACAUUCUUGUGAGAGUCACAUUUUGCCACCAGGGAGCAGUGUUUUCACAUGAAUGUAAAAAUCAUUUUACUGUAUUCAGUCAAUAUUGCAUCUGUUUUCAUUUCAGGGAAAAUUUACAUGCUGAUUAAAUAAAGUUGUUCAAAUGGCAAA